UACGGGGAGGCCCCAGAGGAGAUUAAGCAGAUUAGGGAAGCAGGAGUCACACCCCCCCCCCUCAGAUUUUACAGCUCCGGGGGCGGGACUAGGGCGCAGAGGGCUCCGGGCAAAGUCCGGGGCGGCUCGCUCCGGCUCCGGCUCCGCCACGGGACGGAUGAUGCAGAGGGGACGUGCCACAGCCGCCGCCAGGGCCUGCUGGCCGGCGGCUCUGCUCACUGCGUGCCUGCUCCUGAGGCCUUGCGGGUGCAAAACCGCCAAUGCCUUGAAACCCAACAUUCUGCUGAUCAUGGCGGACGACCUCGGCAUCGGGGACCUUGGUUGCUAUGGGAACCGCACACUGAGGACGCCCCACAUCGACCGGCUGGCCGAGGAAGGGGUGCGGCUCACCCAGCACCUGGCGGCCGCCCCGCUCUGCACGCCGAGCCGCGCCGCCUUCCUGACCGGGAGACACGCUUUCCGAUCAGGCAUGGACGCCAGCGAUGGGUACCGGGCCCUCCAGUGGAACGGGGGCUCGGGCGGGCUCCCCCAGAACGAAACCACGUUUGCGAGGAUCCUGCAGCAGGAGGGGUACGCCACGGGCCUCAUAGGCAAAUGGCACCAGGGUGUCAACUGUGCCACCCGCGGGGACCACUGCCACCACCCCCUCCGCCACGGCUUCGACGACUUCUACGGCAUGCCCUUCACGCUGGUCAAUGACUGCCAGCCCGGCCGGCCGCCCGAGGUGGACGCGGCCCUGAGGGCGCGCCUGGGGCAGUACACCCAGUGGGCGGCCUGGGGCGUCCUGACGGCGGCCGCGGGCAGGGCCUGCGGGCUGCUGUCCGUGCCCCGGAGAGCCGUCCUGGGGGCGGCCGGCCUGCUCCUGCUCUUCUUCGCCUCCUGGUUCGCCAGCUUCGGCUUCGUGCGGCGGUGGAACUGCGUGCUCAUGAGGAACCACGAGGUGACGGAGCAGCCCAUGCGUCUGGAAACGGCCACCGGUCUGCUGCUGGAGGAAGCCGUGUCCUACGUGGAGAGGAACAAGCACAGGCCCUUCCUCCUGUUUGUGUCCCUGCUGCACGUGCACAUCCCCCUGGUCUCCACCGGAGCGUUUGCCGGGAGGAGUCGGCACGGCCCGUACGGCGACAACGUGGAAGAGAUGGACUGGCUCGUGGGUAAACUCCUCCACGCGCUGGAAGAACGCGGCUUGAAAAACAAGACGUUCACGUACUUUACCUCGGAUCACGGCGGGCACCUGGAGGCGAGGGACGAGGCCCUCGGGCAGCUGGGAGGGUGGAACGGCAUCUACAGAGGCGGCAAAGGCAUGGCGGGCUGGGAAGGCGGGAUCCGGGUGCCUGGCAUUUUCCGCUGGCCCGGGGUGCUGCCCGCCGGCCGGGUGGUCUCCGAGCCCACCAGCCUCAUGGAUGUCUUCCCCACCGUGGUCCAGCUGGGGGGCGGCGAGGUGCCCCGGGACAGGUGCGUGAGGUGACACCCUGCUCCCUCCUCCCGGAGACCGUGUCCACAUUUG